AUGCUGCCCACGGAAAUCCCUGCAGGAGUGUGUUUCACUUCAAGCGAUCACACUGAAGGCCGCAGAGAAGGGAUGAAAACAGAGGAAAGCCCACAGUCCUGUCAGCAGCAGCAGCCUCCGUCCUCCACGCCUUUCGGUCCAGACUUCAGGGCGGCAGAGCUGUGCGCGGGUUGUGACUCCCCCAUCGCGGACCGCUUCUUGCUGCGCGUGAACGAGCGCUCCUGGCACGAGACGUGCGUGAAAUGCGCAGUGUGCCUGAGCGCUCUGAGCGGCACCUGUUACUGCAGAGACCGGCUCCUCUACUGCAAACACGACUAUGAGAAGCUCUUCGUGAGGAAGUGCAGCGCGUGCCUCCAGGUGAUUGGGCGCUCGGAGCUCAUCAUGCGUGUGCUGGGACAGGUCUAUCACCUGGGCUGCUUCAGCUGCUGCGAGUGCGAGCGGCGGCUGCAGAGAGGAGACGAGUUUGUGCUGAAGGAGGGACAGCUGCUGUGUCGCAUGGACUACGAGAAGGAGAGGGAGAUGCUGGCCGCCAUCAGCCCCACGCCCACCGAGUCAGUGAAGAGUGAGGAUGAGGAAGGAGGAGGAGGAUCGGGAGGAGGCAAAGGGGGAGACGAGGGCAAAGAGCACAAGCGAUCCAAGAGACCCCGCACCAUCUUGACCACGCAGCAGCGCCGAGCUUUCAAGGCGUCCUUUGAGGUGUCCGCCAAGCCCUGCCGCAAGGUCAGAACUUCAAAAGAGGAAAACAAGGUUAGAGAGACCUUAGCCGCCGAGACGGGGCUGACUGUGCGUGUGGUCCAAGUGUGGUUCCAGAACCAAAGAGCCAAGAUGAAGAAAAUAGCACGCAGACAGCAGCAACAGCAGCAGCAGCAGCAGGAGCAGGAGCAGCUUGGAGGGAGCCGCAGAGGGCCCAGCCGAGGGGGACGCCAGAGCAACGACGACAGUGAGGACGGCUCGAGUACCCACGGAAUGGAUGGUCUCCUGGGAUAUUCCUUGCCACGUCAGCAGCUACUUGCGCUCGACAUCUACGGAGGGGAGUCCUUUCGACAUGGCCUCACACCUCCUCAGCUGGGCAGUGACCAACUUCAUCCCUACGACUCUGAGACGGUAUUCCAUGACCUGGACAGUGACGGGAGCCUCAGUCACCUUGGAGACUGCCUUCUUGCUGCGGGAGAUGGUGGACUCCUGUCAGGCCGCGUGGGAAACCCCAUUGACCGCCUGUAUUCCAUGCAGAACUCCUACUUCACCUCCUGA